GGAGACGUUUUAUUACACCAGAAGUUCAAGGAACGAUUUUCAAGCAGGAAACCAUGCGUUCUCAAGUGGAAUAUCCGAACGCGUUGGGCAACGCGUGAGCGACAUUUAUGUUGAAGUAAGGCGACGUGAUAGCAUGUCUUCCAGGGUAUCAUCAGAAGAGGGAGCUAUGGAAGGACUUCUCAAGGGACUUAUCAACAUUGGCAUUGAAGCAGUGCAAGAUUUUGCCGCUGGAAACCAAAAUGCGGACAAUUCGCAGUCAAACGAGGCAGAUUCGAGAAAGGAGGAAGAGGAGCAACCGAGAUCCAGGUGGGAUAAGCACAAGCAUCAGCAGGCACCAGAUGAAUACAAGCAAGCUUUCAAGAGGAAUGCAAGCGAUCAGGACUAUUCCGAAGGUGUAGACUCUUCGUCUAUAAACCUCGAACCAACGGACGAGGAACUUAGUGACUACCGCGUUGCUUGCAGCCGGCUUUGGGAUCUCGACAUCGACCGCCUUGUUCCUGGCCGUGACUACGAGAUCGACUGCGGGGAUGGGAAGAGAGUCUACAGCAAGGAGGAUAUGGCUUCCAACGAGCUCUUCAGAUUUGUCAGCCAGGACGUUUUCAAAAGGCCAACUUACGCCAGGUUCUACGCGCUGCUGGACAACUAUCACGCAGAUCAGGAUGUUGCAGAGGAGUUCUCGUCGAGGGAAGAGCAAGAACAGAUAGCUUUCGUGGAAGAGAUAAGCAGGACGGCUCCAAUCCAGUACCUGUUCAAGUACCUGGUUGCAAGCCGGGCCAUCCAGUCGGACAACUGGGAGGAGUUCAAGCGGAUGCUCCAGCGGCUAUGGUUCGAUCUCUACAGGCGAGAUAACACGAGAGACUCCUCUUCGGCGUUUGAGCACGUUUUUGUGGGAGAGAUCAAGGACCGGGAGAACAACGAUGAAGAAGUCUCCGGCCUCCACAACUGGAUCCAGUUCUACAUUGAAGAAGCAAAGGGGAGCCUGGAUUAUCAAGGCUAUAUACUACCAAGGAGGCGUGGUGGUGACGAGCCUGACUCGCAUACCCAGCUUGUCACAGUCCAGUUCACUUGGAAUGGUGCUCGCAAGCCAGCGUCAAGCUCUUUCAUUGGAGUGAGUCCCGAGUUUGAGCUAGCGCUCUAUACUCUUUGCUUCUUCUGUGGUGACGAAGACAAUCAUUUGGUUCUGGGAUCCUAUGGUGUAAACGUGAAGUGCUACAGGUAUGGAAGAAAUCGAAUUGGUUCAGUAUUUCCUAUAGCUGAGGAAUGAAAAGUUUCGUUUCCAAGUCUCUUCACACUUUA